GACGAGGACCUUCCUGAAUUGGGCUGUGUGCAUUACAAGCGGAACAUUAAGGUACAAUGUGCAGAAUGCGACAAGUGGUACACGUGCCGGCUGUGCCAUGACGACGCAGAAGAACAUACCCUACCGAGAAAGCACACAAAGAACAUGCUCUGCAUGCUGUGUGGGCACGCGCAAAAGGCCUCCGAUACCUGUGCGCACUGCGGCGAGAGUGCGGCUUCGUACUACUGUAACAUUUGCAAGCUGUGGAGCGAUGAUGUGAACAAGCAUAUAUAUCACUGCGACGACUGCGGGAUCUGCCGAGUGGGACGUGGGCUGGAGAAGGACUUCUUCCACUGCAAGACCUGCCGUGCGUGCAUCUCCAUCGCAACCAAGGAUGAUCACAAGUGCAUCGAGCGAGCAACAGACGCCAACUGCCCGAUCUGUAACGACGACAUGUUCUCCUCCCCUCAGCAGGUCAUCUUCAUGGAGUGCGGCCACCCUAUCCACCGCAACUGUUUUCAACAGUAUAUGAACACUUCAUACAAGUGUCCGCUGUGCAGCAAGAGCAUUGUCAAGAUGGAUGCCUUGUUCUUGAAUCUUGCCAACAUCAUCAAAGAGCAGCCAAUGCCAGAGGAGUACCGAGGCAUACGGUCUGUUCUCUUCUGCAACGACUGUUCGGCAAAGAGCUCAACCGAUUACCACUUCUUGGGUUUGCGCUGUCAGAUCUGCCAGUCCUUCAAUACU